GCGCUUGUUUCAUUUACACGUUGGCGACUAUUUAAUAAAAGAUAAUUGUAUAAUACCAUCUUGAUGUUUACUUAUUUACGGCACACUACAAUAUUUGCCACUUUUCAGCCGUUUGGUUUACAAUGAGCAUUACCGCUAAAGAAUCGCCGUCACCAGCCUCUGCAAAGCAACCAUGGAAGACGGGAAUGAAGAAUAUUUACCAGAGGAUAUCGAAGAAGCCUUGAUCAAUACACAGGCGAGCCAUGAUGCUCAAACUGGUACAAAGCAUCGGCGGCGGAGCAGCACCUCAGUAGAGGGUGGUGCCGACAAACGCCGCGCUAAGAGACAGCUUCAAGAGUCGGCGGGUGGGCGCACAGAUGAACCGCGGUUCAAGCGCCAAAAACGACCAAUGAAUCCCGCGUAUCUGGAAUUACUCAACCAUGAUAUCGAGGAUGCUGCCUUGGGUGUGUCGCUAGACGAUGAUGAGGCACCAGUUCCCGGCCAGGUUGGACUCACAUACUGGUCAACCUUGGAGAAGACACAGUUGUAUGAAGCUGUUUCCCGCCUCGGAGUCUCAAAUUUGGACGCAAUAGCAGCUAGAAUCGACACAAAAGACGUAUUGGAGGUAAAACACUACCUACGGUUUCUGCAGCAGACCUUCGAGGCGCGCCAGGGUCAGCUGAGGGGCAAGUCGAAGAUGCUUGCUUUGGCAGAGCUACCGGCCGCGGUCGAGUUGAGCAAUGAAUGUUGCCAGGCUCAAGAAGAGGCGGCAGAUGCCAUAUCUCUGAAACAGGAACGACAUGAACAACUGCGCGAGAGCGCAAAAUGGGGAAGUUACUGGGACAUUACCCCAAACAUUGCUGCCGCGCUGGACAAAAGGACACCAGGAUCUGAUCUGCCAGACUUUGUCUUUACACCACUCUUUAGCCUCACAGACUGGCUAGCUUUAUCCAGACGGGUCUUUAUGAACUCGACAGUCCCUGAAGGAAAUUGGGUCAACAUCGACUCAUCUCCCCCGUCGAUAUGGGCAACAUGUCUGGAGGAUUUCCACUCGCUGGCCUUGAGUUUGACCCGACGGAUCAUGCAAACGGCACUAUACAUCGCAUCGUCUAGGAUAAGGACUCAGUCUUCUGCGACCCCUGAUAUGCAGAUGAGGGUCCGGGCUAGAGAUGUUCGUGCAGCCGUGGCCUCCCUGGGACUAACCCGAGAUUCCUCCAAGUUUUGGGCGACCGCGGCACGAAGGCUUCGUCUGAAUAUACACGAUGACCCCUUGGCAGAUAUAAAUGACGAUGCUACGGAUCCUGAUAUUCUUUCUUACGAGACUGUGGAAGCUCGUCUCUUUUCGCAUGGGGUACCAGAUCCCCGAGCGUCAGAUGCACGCACAGCAUCUGGACGGCACACGCGCGGAAUAUCAUCUGCAGUUGAUGAAACCAGCAUGGACGACGAUUCAGACCUUGAAGACGAUGAAUCGUCAUCUUCAGAGAUUGAAGAUGGCAAGCAUGGCCCUUUUGUCGAGGCUGAAGUUAAAGAAGGCUUACAAUACUCUGUCACGACUAUCCGCGACGUAACGAAAUUCAGAGAAGCCCUAACACUCCGGGUUCUAGCUGAGCGCGAAGCUGAAGAAGUCGCAGAACAGGUAGAUGCGCGUGCAAGCGCUCAAGCCGAAGCACAGAUGUGGAAGACACUGGAAAGGACGCCGUCACAUCCACUUCCCAAGUUAAAAAAGGCGGUUCCUAUCCCAAGAUCGAUCUUGAGAGUAAGCGAUCUUGACGCUUCGAAGGAGGGCUGGGCAGAAGCUACGCAAUACUGUGCACCGUGGGAAACGUUGCAAAACCACAGCAUUCAGAGCGACUCUUCGGAUGACGACCCUGGUGACGGAGAGGAAGAAGAAGGGGGGGAUGAGAGAGACUUAUUAACGAAUGACGAAGAUAUGGGCACCUCUAGCGAAGGAGAGGAGUCAUCAUGAUUUACUGGCACCAUGAUUUAUUUCGGACAAAUACUUUCUGAGCAUGGGGUAUCUUGUACUUUUACUAAAGCCUUUUACAUAAAAUUCCACUAUAAUAUAGCCGGUGGCAC